GCCCAGGGAGAAUUGAUGCCGAUGAAUUAUGCCCACAACCGGGCUAGUUUAAACGUACAUUCCCAGGCAUCAUGACGACACUUCCAGCAUGGGUCGGCACAGGGGGACAGACAGACCGGCCGGUUGGAGGGCGACCUUGCUCAUCCUUCUUCUCUUUCGGGUGUGACGGUUCACUCGCACUGGCUCAGAACUCGCCCGCCCUUUCGCGAUUCGGUACCACCCAUCGUUCUUUUUUAAAUUUUUUUCCAGCUCCUAGCGAUCUUCCCAAUGCCCCCAAUGACACAGGCACUGUCCGACCCGGCGCACCGGUACAACACCAGCCAAUCCACCCCAUUGGGAGGACAUGCAAGGUGCAGGACGGCCAGCGUGCCAAUCAGACAGUGGGCGCCAGGGAGCGCGCGAGAUCUGCGUACAAAGAUGUGCGUACGACUUCAAUGUGCAUGAUCUGUAGAGGGCAAAGAGCCUCAUCCAUGUUGGUAUUUCCUCAUCCAUGCCCUCGCCUCGAGGAUUUCGGGUUGCUGCCGUGAUAUGAAUAGAAGCGGUUUUGGUGCUCUCGCGUGGAGAAGCGUUGGAGGGGUGGUUAUACAAGGAAUCUGGAUUUUAUUCUGUCAACGCUCCGUGUGUCGAGAGGGUUCCUAUCAAUAGCCUUGCUUGGUUGAAAGAAGAAAGACGAAGAAAUGUGAAGAAGAAGCUGAGACAGUAUCAUAUAUUUAGAUAUGAACCGGAUGAAAAGUGCACUCUACACAGUCAGUCGCAGUAUUCAAAGAAGGUGAUUUCCCACUACAAGUGAGUGUAAGGUG